AUGUCUCCUCUUUUUUCUCUCUUCUGGGCUGCCGGCCUCUCCUUCGCUCUUUCAGCUUCCCCAGCAUCCUCAGGGCCUGCGGCCCCUCCUAGCCAGGGGCCCCCACUAAACUUUUUUAAUACAUCUGCAGCAGCACCAGCAGCAGCAGCACCAGCAGCAGCAGCAGCAGCAGCAGAAGGCGCUGCUGCUGCUCCUGCUGCAGCUGCCAAGCCUCCUGCUGCAGCUACUGCAGCAGCAGCAGAGAAACCUGCUGCUGCUGCUGGACGGCCUCCUGCUGCAGCAGCAGCAAAACCAAAUUCUGUAGAAGCAGCAGCAGCAGCAGCAGCUGCUGCUGCUGCUGCUGCUGAGGAUGUGUGGCACGGAGCAGCAAACGCAGCGCAGCGGUUCUUCGAUGGUCUAUCCAACUGGGGCUCACCCUCACUGCAGCAGCAGCAGCAGCAGCAGCAGCAGGAGCAGCAGCAGCAGCAGCAGCAGCAGCAGCAGCAUUCUGUUGAUACACGUCCUAUGAGUUUCAUACAUGAAGACUACGACGAAGAAGAUGCAGAUUUUGCUGCUGCUGCUGCAGCAGACAGCGACGCAGCAGCAGAUCCAGCAGCAGCAGCAGCAGCAGCAGCAGCAGCAGGUGCAGCAGCAGAUGACACAGCAGCAGCAAAACGACAAUCAUGGGAUACCCGCAGCUGGCCGGGCGCAGCGCAUGCAGCUGCGCAUACACCCGAGAGUAUGCUUUCAAGCCCCAUAGAACAGCAGCAGCAGCAGCAGCAGCAGCAGCAGCAGCAGCAGCAGGAGCAGCAGCAGGAGGUGAGAGAAGGAGGAGGGGGUACGAGAGCAGCAGCAGCAGCAGGAGCAGCAGCAGCAAGAGCAGCAACUAGCUGCUCGCUAGCAGCAACAGCAACAGCAGCAGAAGCACUGUCGUGUCACGUGCAGCAGAUGGCCUCCUCCUUACACCCAGCAGCAGCAGCAGCAACACAGCAGCAAAUACUAGCAGCAGCGCAUGCAUUCCCUGCUGCUGCUGCUGAACUCAUAGCAGCAGCAAAGCGACGCAUGCAGCAAGCAGUAAAUAAGUGGCAGGCAAACAGCAGCAGCAGCAGCAGCAGCAGCAGCAGCAGCAGCUCCAUCGACCAGCAGCAGCAGCAGCAAACAGCAGCAGCAGCAGCAGCAGCAGCAGCAGAAAAGCCGUUUGAUUCUGCUUCUUUUAUGGCUCGAGCGGUGCUGCAGGCGCAGCAGCGCAUGCAAGGCCUUCGUGCUGCAGUGCAGCGCCACAGCAGCAGCAGCAGCAGAGGAGACACCCACAAACGCUCUCGCGCAGCAGCAGCAGCAGCAGCAGCACCCCCAGCAGCAGCAGCAGCAGCAGCAGCAGCAGCAGGGUGGUGGGAGGAGACAGGUCUCCCUAUAAGCCGGGGGGAGAUGCACCGCAGGGUGUGUGGGGUGUAUAGCCAGCAGCUGCCGCAGAGCAUGCAGCAGCUGCUGCAGGCGUUACAAGCCUCGCUGCAGCAGCAGCAGCAGCAGCAGCAGCAGCAGCAGUGGGGCCCUGCUGAUGAAGAAGAAGAGGAGACAGAAGCAGAGGUGCUGCAGGCUCUUCUUGCUGCACUCAGAGCCGGAGACUUUGCUGCUGCUCCCCGCAGCUGGGCGCAGCAGCUGCGGCAGCAGUUUGCUGCUUACUACUACUACCAGCAGCAGCAGCAGCAGCAGCAGCAGCGGCUGCAGCAACAGCAGCAGCAGCAGGGGAAGCAGUGGCAGCAGCAGCAGGGGCUGUGGCACAAGCAGCAGCAGGGGACUCAGCAGCAGCAGCAGCAGCAAUUGCUGUUGCUAUUGGAGCAGCAGCAGCAACUGCAGCAGCAGCAGCAGCAGCUAUCAGCUGCAGCAGAUAUGAUAGAGGUCCUAUUCUCUCCUCGUCGUCUUGAGGCACAGCAGCAGCAACAGCAGCAGCAGGAGCAGCAGCAGCAGCAGCAGAGUAUGCUAGUGAUGCCGUGGCUGCCGCAGCUGCUGCUGCAUGCAGCAGCAGGAGACAGUGCCUUCGACGUCUUUCUUCUGUCUCCUAUUCGUCCCGCAGCAUUUGCUUCUGCUGCUGCUGGGCUUUUGAAUGCAGUUGCUGCUGCUGCUGCUGCUGCUGCUGCUGCUGCUGCUGCAGCAGAAGGAGAAUACCCACAGCAGCUAGAACAGCAACCGCAGCAGGAACCACAGCAGCAGCAGCAGCUGCUGCUGCUGCAGCAGCAGCAAGAUACCAUGCCCAUGUAUACAGCUAGCCAGCUAGCUGCGCAGCAGCAGAUGCGGUUGCUGCUGCAGCAGCAGCCUGCUCUCCUAUCUAAGGUUCUUAAGGUUAACCAGUGGUGGGCUUCAGGCAGAAACACACUUGCUGCUGCUGCUGCUGCUGCUGCUGCUGCUGCUGCUGCUGCUGCUGCUGCUGCUGCUGCUGCGGGGAGUGGUGCGGCGCAGGGAGAUGCUGCUGCUGCUUUUCUCCCGCCUCGAGGGGGAGAUGCUGCUGCAGCAAUAGCAGCACAUCUGCUGCCAGCAGAACGAGCUGCUGCUGCUGCGCUGCUGCAGCAAACAACGCAGCAGCAGCAGCAAUGGGCCUUUGUUGCGGUGUCUCUACACCCAGACAAAAUACAAACUGUCUCCGAUCUGCUGCGGGUGCUGCGAAGGGCAGAUGAGUUUGCUGCUGCUGCUGCAGCAGCAGCAGCAGCAGCAGCAGCAGCAGACAACGACGAUAGCGUCAAGCAGCAGCAACAGCAGCAAAUAGGCAGAUGA